AUGAACAUGAAUACUUCGGCAGGAAAACCAGCGCUGAGACAUCAUGUUGCACAUUUUUGCCCUAAUCUAGAUGAGGCGAGAGUUUGUAUUAGAAAAUGUAUGAGGUAUGGAGCGCCAGCAUUCUGUGGCAAAGACCAUAUAUGCUAUUGCGGACAUCGUUAUGGCCAAUUCGAUGAUUCAAAUGAAAUUAAUACUACAAUAGACCCAGAUGAAAACCCUUAUAAGGAUCUCUAUGACCAUUAUUUCGGACCAAAGUCUACAUCGACAACAACACACACACCAGCAAGUACAACAACAACAACACCACCAACAACAACAACACCAACAACAACAACGGAAGACAUGACGGCACGAGAUAUCAUGGAGUGGGUUCCCACUAAUAUUACAAACGCUUUGGAUCAUAAGAAGUGUGCUGUAAUAGCUGGGUAUAAAGGAUUUGAUGGUAUUCCACAAAUGGUCAUCAGAGCUACUAUUAACAAGGCUUUGGUUCCCGGCAAACUACCUGAAAAUGACAAGGCUGCUUAUAUAGGUUGGGAUAGAAAGCAACAUAAAGUGCUCGACUUCGAGAUGUGCUGCGUCAGAAACAAAGAGGAAAUUACUUGGAAAACAGUGAAGUUUGGAAAUAUACCUGAAAAAGCGGUAGUGGCUGGUUACACUGCAGAUGGAGUGGAUCUGUAUAUUGGCAGGGCUGCCGUGCGAGGGGAACUUACAUCUGGAGCCGUUCAUUCUGUGAACAAAGUAAUACAUGUAGCGUCUGAUGGUAAAGAAGUAAUCGAAAAUGCGUAUGAUGUACUGGUUCGUAAUUUAUAA